CCCACCCCCAUUUGGAGGCCGAUCCGCUCUGUCCGUCCGGUCCGAUCCGCUCUGUCCGGAGUGCCCAGCGCCGGCCAUGGGUGAGAACCACCUGAAGCAAUGCCAGCAGGAGGCGGAGGAGGUGACAGAGAUCAUGCUAGACAACUACAGCAAGGUGUUGGACCGUGAGGGCAAGCUUAGCGACCUGGAUGAGCGGGCCGAUGAGCUUCGUAAACAGAGUUCUGCCUUCACCAAGACAACAAAGACACUGGCCCAGACGAAACGCUGGGAGAACAGGAGAUUCAAGAUCAUCCUGCUGGCAGUGGUGGUCGUGGCUAUCCUGCUCGUCGUCCUAGCCAUCGUCCUCUCCUUCACUCUCUCUGGAUCUGGGAGCCAGGUGGUUCCAGCAAAGAGCAGCGCUGGUGGUGACUGAGCGGCAGAUCAAGUUCACUCUGAAAUCAUCUCCCCAACACCAACCUUCCAGGGGUUCGGGGCAUUCGGGAGGCUAUUUGGGGCUUUGGCGGGACCUGGUAGUAGCCUGACCACUUCAUCUCUCAUAGUGGCAAGCAAGCCCAUGGUGAAAGGAAGCAAAGGGGGCGGCCCCCUUGAUGUCCAGGACCUCAGUGCCAACAAGGGCUCUCUUUAGGUGCUAUGAA